UGUCAACGUGUUUAUACCGUAUGAUCAUGAUUUCUGUUGUAAUAAACAUCGGAUUGCGUUGGCAAUGAAUAUUGCGAGAGGAAUGGGGCUAACCUUUAACAGAAUAAAUCACUUGAGGGAAUGUUUAUUCUCUCCUAAACAUUUAUUGUACACGAAUAUAGGGAUAUCGAUUUCUCUUUCUGGCAUAGGAGAUAUUUUAGAGCAACAUUAUGAGAUAUUAAAGGAUAAAUGGGAUAAGUGGAGUUUUACCAGAACGAGAAAUAUGUCCAUAUCUGGUAUGUCUAUCGGGAUAAUUUGUCAUUACUGGUAUAAGUUUUUAGAUAGUAGAAUGGCUGGAUGUACUAUUCGUAUAGUUUUAAAAAAAGUUAUUAUCGAUCAGUUAAUUUGUUCGCCUCUCUGUAUAAGUACAUUUUUUUUUACACUGGCCUUAAUGGAAAAUAACAAUUUGACAGAAUUUAAGAAUGAAAUUAGGAAAAAAGCACAUCGACUAUAUGUAGCUGAAUGGGUCAUUUGGCCUCCAGCACAAGUUAUUAACUUUUAUUUCCUUCCUACACGAUAUAGAGUACUUUAUGAUAAUAUGAUAUCUCUUGGUUAUGAUAUCUAUACUAGCCAUGUGAAAUACGAUAUGCAAACUGUUAAUAGAUAA